UAAGUGCUUGGAUAAAGUGAACUUUGUGAGAACAUAUUAAGACAAGUAAUAAUGUAUGCCUCAAUGUGUUUCAUGAGCAUCGUCGCAAUUCUCAUGAUCGACGUGAGAACUGGGGCUCUUCUGCAGAAAGAUACGGGGCCACGGCAAUGUUACCAGUGCCUGCACAAUCAGAGCUCCUGCCAGCCGGAGCGGCGACUGCAAGCACCGUGUCCCACGCGCGGACUUCAUUGCGCCACCGUCGCUAAAGCACCAGAUUUUACGUCUACUUUGACCUGCGCCGCAAGUGCCGCUCACCCAUGCACGCUGGCCCAGUCCCAGCAGGCCCUCCAGCUAACUUGCACGUGUGCUGGCCACCGCUGCAACUCGCCCUUUACUGCUCAACUAAGGAACAAGCUCCUUGAUUUUACCUUAACCACGAGCAACGUCAAUAAUACAAGCCUCGAUAUUACAGAUAUGUUUUUGAAAUCUUUUGGCAACGUUUCCUUGAACAAACUGUAUGGAACAAUUACAGUAAAAUCAACCCAAGAAAAGCGAAACAAUACGCAGUUACCUGCUUAUACAACAUCUACUUUAAAACCAAACCUGGUUGGUAGUUUGAAUGAUAUAAACGGUCCGAGAGCGGAAGCUUUGAAACAUGAGGCUACUGAACCCUCUGACGAUGAAGAAGAUGAAAGCGAGGGCAGCGGGUCUUACGAGGAGAGCCGGUUGAGGCGUCCGGCCUCCGCUCCCGCUGCGCCAAGCUCCUACCUGCCCGCUAACGAAAACAAGGCUCCACCUUUACUUAUAAAUUUUAUUUUAAUCACGACAAUUUUGUUAGUUAUGCUGUAG